AACUGAAAGCACGAAACGAGAAAAAAUGAAAUAAAACCGACAGCUCCGAAAAGUUUUCUUUAGAUCGUGCGGUAUUUCAAACGAUAUUCGGACGAAAUUAAAAUUUCAUCGGUCGGCCGCACGCCCCCAGUUGUUCUCGGAAUUAUGAUCGAUAUCAUUUUCACGCGCUGCAGCGGCCCACGCACGCAAAUUUGAUUUUCAUGUCGACUUCUCGCUAACGAGGGGCAAUACAACAAACAAUACUCUCGCGAGGAUAUAUACAAGCGCUCUACCGAUUCAAGAAGAAGGAAGUGAACAUAUAGGGAUGCCACGCAGCAAACGCAGAGGGUCCACCAGUACAAAUCAUAAUCAUGCUCCCUUCGAUAUGUCAAUGCCUAGUGCACAUGAUGAGAAUUUACCUAGGCAUCCUUCAAAACGGUUAAGACAUACCUCUAGCACCAGACGUUAUUCAAAAAACGAAGAUGUAUCCAAUACAUCGACGUUUUCUCAAAAGCGUUGUAUCGCUUGGUUUAGAGAAUAUACCUCACCGGACGAUGUAGACACUCUCGGCCCAGAAGGAAUGGAAAAGUUCUGCGAGGAUAUCGGUGUAGAACCUGAAAAUGUAGUGAUGCUCGUGCUUGCGUACAGAAUGAACGCGCGCCAAAUGGGGUUUUUUACGAUGACCGAGUGGUUGAAAGGUUUCUCGGAACUUCAGUGCGAUUCUAUUAGUAAAGUACAACAAAAGCUCGAGUACCUAAGGAAUCAAUUAAACGACCCAUACACGUUUAAGGGGAUCUACAGAUAUGCUUACGACUUUGCCAGAGAUAAGGAUCAACGGAGUAUGGACAUGGAAACGGCGAGAGUAAUGUUACAGCUGCUCUUGGGAAAACAUUGGCCAUUAUUCACACAGUUUGCUCAGUUCCUAGAUCAAUCGAAGUACAAAGUGAUCAAUAAAGAUCAAUGGUGCAACAUAUUAGAAUUUUCACGUACAAUUAAUCAUGAUUUAUCCAAUUAUGAUUUAGAUGGAGCGUGGCCAGUAAUGCUCGAUGAAUUUGUCGAAUGGUUGAAAAUUCAACGGGGGGAGGAAGCAUCAUCGAUAGAAGCAAGAGGCAGCUGAAACAUCUUAUGAAAAUAGUCUAUUGAACUAAGAACAAUUCUUUUUUUAUCAUGAUAUUUUGUUAAUAACGGAAUUUGUUUAUAAAUCAUAACCAUACGACGUUCAAUUACCAUCUCAUUCGUAUUCUCUUUUUUUUUUAUUAAACGGUAAUGUAUUGUGUAAGUAGCUUAUCGUAAUAUGAUUUACAGUAUCUUCUAUACGCUCGGUCGAGAAAAUCCUCGUUUGACUGCUCCGGUUACUUCUCAUCACUUACAAUUAAUCCAGGGUUUGUCGGAACUCUUGUGAUUAAAAAUAAAACUAUUUUGAUAUAAGAUUUACUUGUGCAAUUUAUAAAAAUAAUUUGAGAUAUCAAAUUCAAUAAGUGAGCUGAUAUGACAAUUGUCAAAUCAAGUAAUAUCUUAAGGUAAUGAUUGCCAUUGACUUCCAAUGAUUGUAGACUGCACAUUUUAUGUUAUUGCGAAUUAAACGUUUUUACUACGUACUUCUUAAUAAUAAAUUAAAUGGAUUAUUUAAAUAUAAACCUAUAAGCAGCCAUGUAUAACUUGCACAUUCCACUGACUUUAUUUGGUAAUACGCUCAACUUUGCAUUCUUUAUGAUUUUCUGGAACUAAUUCUGUUGAGGCAUUGUUAGCUUCUCGUGUAAGUAGCUUAUCUGUAUCAUCAAAUCUUAUGUGGACAACAAAGUUUUCUACAAAAUUUAGGCGUGUACAAUAUUGUCAAAAAAAA